AUGGCGGCAGACGUGAGGGAGGAGCACAAACCUGUAGUCAAGAACUACAAAGGUUUCGUCGCUGGAGUGUUUUCCGGUAUAGCCAAACUCACAGGUUCCCACCCCUUCGACACGGUCAAGGUCCGCCUCCAGACCACAGAUACCUCGCGCUUCAACGGUCCGCUCCAAUGCGUGACCCAGACACUCCGCAAUGAAGGUGUCGCGGGCCUCUAUAAGGGCGCCACUCCGCCUCUCGUGGGUUGGAUGUUCAUGGACUCGGUCAUGCUGGGCUCAUUGACUGUCUAUCGCCGCCUAGUUGCUGAGCGUCUCUUCAAGCUCCCCGGGCCCGAGAACUUGCCAUCGUAUGGCCACGGCAUCGCUGGUAUCAUGGCUGGCAGCACAGUCAGUUUUAUCGCGGCUCCCGUGGAGCACGUCAAGGCGCGCUUGCAGAUCCAGUAUGCCGCCAACAAGGCCGAGCGACUGUACAGCGGACCUGUUGACUGCCUGCGCAAAAUCUACACUCACCACGGCGUUCGCGGCAUCUAUCAUGGUCUCAGUGCGACGCUCCUUUUCAGAGGUUUCUUUUUCUGUUGGUGGGGCAGCUACGAUGUCUUCUCGAGAUGGAUGAGAGAGAACACAAAGCUCAGCGCGCCGGCAGUAAACUUCUGGGCAGGUGGCCUGAGUGCGCAGGUAUUCUGGCUUACGAGCUACCCAUCAGACGUUGUCAAGCAGCGCAUUAUGACGGAUCCGCUGGGUGGAGGUCUCAACGACGGCACGCCGAAGUUUCGGAGGUGGAAAGAUGCCGCAGCUGCGGUGUAUAGAGAGAGCGGAUGGAAGGGUUACUGGCGCGGGUUCCUGCCGUGUUUCCUGAGGGCUUUCCCAGCAAACGCGAUGGCUCUAGUGGCUUUCGAGGGCGUGAUGCGCGCACUUCCAUGA